UUGCAAUUAAGCUGUAAUUUCCCUAGUUUUACACCCUAUGCCUCAAUUGUUAGCCGUAGAAAACCACCAUGGCUGAUUAUGUUACUGUGGUAGAGGUGGAUGAUCCUCAGUCAUCCAAAGACACAAACCCAUUGCUGGCCAAUUCACCACAACAAAACUCAACGAAUGGAACGGCACUAUCGGCUGAUGAUCCCUCAUUUAUAACGGUGUUAUCGAUCAACAACAAUAAUAACACAAAUCACCACCAACAACAGCCGCAACCCACCACAGUUGAGGUGGAGGGCCAUAGCAAAGCCACAAACCUGGCCGAUGAUGACACCGAAGAGGUGGUGGUCUAUCGUUUGGUUGGUGAACGCUUGGGCUUUGGCUUGAAGUUUCAAGGUGGCACUCGCAGUGCUGAGAAAGUACAAAAAUUAUUCAUACAAUCAUGUGCCAAGGAUAGUCCCGCCUCCAAGGUGGUCACCUCAUGGGGUCAACUCAAGGAGGGAGAUGAAAUUGUCAAAAUCGAUGAACAUUAUGUUCGGGAUAUGACACGGAUAGAAUGUGUGAAAUGUUUAAAGGAUAAUGUGGCCAUAAAGCUGGUGGUACGAAAUGGUAGGGGUUUGAAGCCCAUGGAUUUUGAGGAGGAGGGGUCUGGGGAGCAGCAACACAAUUUGUUGCCCAAUGCAGGCAAUGGUCACAUGAAGGCAGCCCCGCCUCCACCGCCACCAGUGCCGCCCAGGAAAUUGAUCAAAAAACAAAGAUCUUUCAAGGACAGCGACCGGCCUGAAAUGGCGCCCAACAGAACAAUGGAAAUUGUGGAAAUGUCUGCGGAACGUUCCUUUACCCCGCCACCCGAUGCGGAGUAUUAUAUCAAUUUAUUUGCCGAAAACAAUGGCUCGAAUGGUUCCCUGCUAAGGAAUCCCUCACGCAAUGGUGAGUCCGAGUCGGAUGAUACGGCCAGCACCAUAUCCACGGUAAUAGAUCGUUACUCCAUGACCUCGACUUAUUCCUCGGAAUCAGAUCUUUCGGGUUUUACAUCCUUGAAUAAUGGCCAGAAUAAUGGCGUGAAAUCAGAACUGGCCAAGGUUUUGAAACCAUUUGCCCUGUUGGAACAGGAAUUCAAGGUGGAGGGAGGUUUGGAUAGCUCUCUCAUUACCGAGGUAAUGGAGGUGAGCUUUAAGCCGGGAAAUAAUUAUGAAAAUGUGGAAUUUAAAACCGAGAAAAUCAACAAUUAUGAAAAUGUGGAACUGAAGAGGAAAGAGGAGGAUCCUGUGGCCAAGGAUGAGGUGGACAAAAGCAGGGAGGCGAAACAAGAAAUUGUGACCGCAGAGAGCAAGCAGUCCCCCACUCCCACACCCAAACCUAGACAACAGGUGCCCACAUCGCCCGUGGAACCCAAGAAACGUUCCAUUAUACCCAUGCCCCGGAAGCUGAGCAUAAAUGGCAAACAAGCCAUUGAGGUGCCGCCACCCAAAAUUCCUGAGGGGGCCAUGAUAAAGUCCAGUACAGAGACCCAGAAUACGAAAUCUCCCACCACCUCCCCAGUCACUGGCAAGUCCUUCCAAGAGCCACCAGCCACCAAAGAAUUUACCACAAAAAUACCCAAGGCCAUCCAUUCGCCCAGCAGCCAAUAUCGCUCCCUGGAGAGGGCCAAGACCGAAAGUGAAAUCAAACUGAAACAGGAAAUCACAAAACAGGACAAACUGAAGUUACAAACCUCGGAAUUUUUGGUCCACGAAUCAACAAAUGGCCAGAAAAUGGAAACCAAACUCCAAAAGCCAGCCUCUCCUGUCAAAUCUCGUAUCCCCAUUGUCCUGAGCCCCAAAAGAUCCUUGGAUCUGGAAUCCUCGCUGGAAAAGAAGGCCUCUCAGAAAUCUCCCACAAAUAUACCACGGCUGCUAACCAAGCAGAAAUCCGAAACUGAUCUGAAACUUAACUACUGUCGCUCCAAGGAAAACAGUCCCACAAUGUCCAGUAAGAUACCCCUGCAAAGGACCAUUUCGGCCGAUUCGAAAAUAAAAAUGCCCGAAAGGACCCUUAUACCGGUGCUGCAUGUCAACAAUAGCCCUAAUGGUGGUACCUCUUCCACGGAAAGCUUGAAUUCCAAUUCCACAGGAAGUAACUCCACCUUAGGCGGGAAAUCCGGCCGAGGACCCAAACCCAAGCCCCCGGAGCGAGUGCAGUCCUUGAACAAAACACAAAUACCCAAGGCAAAUGUGACCACCGUCACGGUUGUGGAUCGUUCCAGUACAAACUCGCUCAACUCUCCUCACAGCUCUCCCCUGCCAGCCAUGCAGACAUUUAAGCAACCCUCACCGCCCAAGCAAACGGAGAAACCCCUAACACCACCCUCCCCAAAUCGGGAGAUACGUUUUAAAAUACAAACCUACAAUGCGAACAGCAACAACCACAAUGCCUUCCAGGAACCCGAAGAGCUGCCCAGUCUCUUUGAGCUGCAGCGGCGCAACAGUCCCGAUACGGCCAGGAAAAAUGAGGAAUUCUCAACCUUUAAGGCCACAACUCCACCGAGUAACAGCAGCACCAGUCAGGAGCAAAAAGAACUUAAACAAGAGCCAGAAGAUGAGUUGGAUCGCAUUACACCCCCUCCCCUGGUGGUGGUGGGUAAAUGUGUCAAAGUCAAUGAUGCCACCGCUCCCAUGUACUACUCGAGUUCGAGCAGUGACGAGGAGAAUGAAACCGAUAUGAGUGGAGCCUAUGACGAUGACAAGGAUUACAUUUGUGAGGAUGGCGAGAAAUUGGGACCGCCGGAGUUAAUCAAUGGUCCUGGACCCUCCGAGGCCUAUUUCAAUCUCUAUUGGCACUCAAAUAUGCUGCCCACCAUCGGGGAGGUGGAGGAGGAAUGCUCGUCGCUGGAACUGCAGUCGCUGAACACAAAUGGGCCCAUUGUCAUAGUUGAUGAUUUGAGCCAGCAGAAAACGGCUGGAGCUUCAAAGCCAGAAAUUUCGGAAAAACUGGAAGCCGAACAAAAACCCCAAGCCAGCAGUAGUCAAGUUUUAAAGGGAAAUCUCAAGAAGCCGCCAUUUAUUGGAGUGCCUGUACUGCCACCUACGGUACCAGGUUUUGAGGACCUCAAAAAUCUAAAGAAAACUCUCAAAGAGGUGAGCCCAUCAAAGGCCGCAGACAAAAUGAGUGAAGAGACAAAAGAGAAAUGCAAAAAAUUGCCAAAUGUCGAAGAAGAUAAGAUAGCACCGAUUGGCGAUAUGCAAAGCGAACAGGAAGCGAACAAGGUUAUUGAAGAUAUUGCCGAAAAAUUGGAUAUUUCACAGAAAACCGAAAAUCAAGAACAAAACUUUGUGGAGGUGAGCAAAAGUUCUUCCAAGGAAGUUUCGGAGGAUAAUAGCCAAACCUCGGAAACAUCUCAAGAGGUAAAGACAGAACAGACCACCACCAAAACAGAGACCCGGACCACAACAACCACAAAGAAGGUCAUAAAAUCCUCAACGACCACCACCAGCUCCUCCCAGGUGCUGGAGACCAGCCAGCUUGAUGACCUGCCGGAGGAAUUUAAGAAAAUUGUUGCCAGCCAAAACUUGCCCGAGGAGUUCAAGAAAUUGCUCGACUCACCCAAAUCUCCGCAGGAUGCCAGCAAGAAACCGGUAUUUACCCUACAACCCUAUAAUGAGAGGAAAAGUAAUACCAAAAUAACCGUGCUCGAGGAGCGGCAAUUUGAGUCCGAUCAAAAGGCCUAUUCGGAGAUACGCACCAAGGAUGCCCAGACCGGGGAGGAGAAGGUCCAGAAGUCCAGUGAAAGCCACAAGGAGCGGGCCAAGCUGAAGAAGGUACAAAGUCAAGAUAGUCUGGAUGACAACUUUGGGGCCUCGGAACAACAACAACCACUAACUGUUACCGCCAAAGCGGAAACACGAUUAGCGGAGGAGGCCCACAAUCCACAGGAUAAUCAAAGUAUUGCUCGAGGUAUUUUGAAAUUAUCGGAGUGUGGUAAACAAAUACAAACGAAUGACAUGGGUGGUGUGGAUCUCGUGGAGUGUGAGCAUCAGGUAAUGGAGACCUUCGAAGAUUCCGAACAGAUACUGAAGCCGGAAAACUCCGAAAAUCCUAGCGUAAGUCAAGAGAAACCCUCGCUACUCAGGGAGUUAAGUGAGACCCUAACGGUGACCAAAGAUGGUGAUACCCAGGUCACGAAACGCAGCGAAACGACCCGGGAGGAGGCCAAGCCCGAGAUCUUUGCCAGCUCCAGGGAGAUGCCAAGUCCUCAAAGUGGGGAAACGAAAAAAAUACUCGAAAAUGAAUCGGAACUUCUGGUGGAUCAACUGUUCAAGGAUGCCGAAAAGCAGGCUCUGAAACGUAGCGAAACACCAGCCGCCGCCACCAAAAAGGUGGUGAAACUUGUCAAGAAAACCGAGGAGGAAAAACGCCUGGAAAUGGAGGCCCAAAAGCUGAUCGAAAGUUACCAAAAGGUACGCAAGGAGGCAGAGAAACUGUUUCAAUUCGAUAAUUUCCGCCAUGAUGAUGAUCAGCAGGGUUUCGAUUUGAGUGGCUUGGAAGUGGAGGAGGAGCAAGAGCAGGAAAAGGAAACGGAGCAAGAAACUCCGGAGAAGACUAAGGAAACGAUGGAAGUAGUUUCGGAGAAGUUGGAGAAGGCAACGCAAGGAGUUCUGGAAAAGGGGAAGGAAAAAAUGUCAGAAACUCCGGUGAAAUUGGAGGAAACGUUGCAAGGAGUUUUGGAGAAGGUGAAGGAAACAAUGCAAGAGAAAAAGUCUCCAGAAAUCGAAGCAUUAGAACUGGGAGAAAAGAAAUCUGAAACAGAGGGAAAGACACCAGAGCCGAAAGAGAGGAAAACUAAGUCAGGAAUGAGAUCUGAGCCAGGAGAGAAAAUAUCUGAAGCUCAGCGAAAGAAAUCGGAACCUGAGGAGAAGAAUAUUAAGUCGGAAAUGAAAUCUCAGCUAGAGAAGAAGAAAUCGGAGGCGGUAGAGAAGAAAUCUGUGUUAGAAAUUAAAUCUGAGCUAGAGAAGAAGAAAUCCGAAUCUGAGGAGAAGAAACUCAAGUCAGAAAUGAAAUCUGAGCUAGAAAAGACGAAAUCGAAGGCGGAAGAGAAGAAAUCCGAGCCAAAAGUAAAAUCUAAACCUGAAAUGAAGGAACUGGAAGCGAUGAAGUCGGCACCAGAAGUGAUGAAAUCUGAGCCACAAAUAAGCACUUCGGAUGUGAGGAAAUCUACGCAGGGCAAGAAGCCAUCUGGGGAAGGAGAAAAGAAAUCCGAAACAGAAGUGAUGAAAUCUGAACCAGAAGCGAUGAAAUCAGUACCAGAAGUGAUGAAAUCUGAACCAGAAGUGCUGAAAUUCGAGCCACAAGUAAGCACUUCCGAAGCAAAGAAAUCUGCGCAAGUCGCAAAGCAAUCUGAGCAGGAGGAGAAGAAAUCUGAGGGACAAGUUAGCAAAUCUGAAGAAAUGGCGAAGCAAUCUGAGCCAGAGAAGCAGAAAUCUGCAUCGGAAGUGAUGAAAUCAGAAGUGGAAUUGAUGAAAUCUCAGCCAGAAGUAAGCACUUCAGAAGUGAAUAAAUCGAAGCAAGACACGAAAAAAUCCGAACCAGAACUGAAGAAAUCGGAGAAGGAAGUAAAGAAAUCUGAACCACAAAUACAAAACUCUGAACCUGAACUGAAGAAAUCUGAGCCCGAAAAACCGAAAUCCACACCAGAAGUGAUGAAAUCUGCAUCAGAAGUAAGCACUUCUGAAUCAAAAGAGAAAAACUCGGAACUAAAGAAAGUCAAACCAGAAAUUACGAAAAUCACAACAGAAGUGAAAACAUCCUUACCCGAGGUUAUGAACUUCGAGGUGAUGACACCUACAAAAGAAUCGAUGAAACCGGAACCACUGGUAAGCACUUUAGUAAGCACACUGGAUGUGAACAAGUCUGACAAAGAAGUUCAAAAGAGUAUCGAAGAGAAACCAUUGGAGAACGAUGAAAGCCAUUCUCUGAAGAGAGAAAGUGCUAAGGAGAGAGCUGAGAUAACCGGAGAGAGCAAGACAACAAAGUUUGAAAUAAAGGAUCAAAUUUCUCUCAAGAAGAGAGUAAAUGAAGAAGAGAAUGUUUCUUCUGCCAAGGAAGAAAAUGGCUCUCAAAAAAUGUCUGAUAAAACUGAGAAGCCAGAGAGCUUGGCAGCUCACCACUUGGAAAAUGAACUCCCAAGUCCCUCAAGAUCUGCCAGUGAGAUAUUAAGGUCUCCCAUUGUCAUUUCACCCAGUUCUUCGGAUGAUAUACUCAAGGAAGAACCUGAAUAUGUUUUGCACAAAAAAAUUAUCGGAAAAGAAAAGAAAGAAUCUGCGAUAACGGAAAUAAUCACCACCAUAGAAGAGACAACCAGGAAACUCUCUGAGAAGUCAAGCUCGAAAUCUCCCAUUGUCAGAGAAAAACUGGCGCACAAAGAAACCAGCACCAAGACCAUUAAAAUAUCUCCCAAGUCUUCGCCCAAAGCCUCACCUAAACUCAAGCGCAGCGAAAAAAGCAAAACCAAGGCGGAAAAUGGAGAGGAAUCAACUCCCACCUCUCCGAAAAUGAAACCUAAACCCACUCCCAAACCCAAGCCACCUGUACCUCAACGCCGAAACAGUGCCGAUUCGGGCGCCAAACCCAUACCCAAGCGUAGAGGUUCCCUGGAGACCACAGCCUCCAUAGUUUUACCACCCAAAGAUGUCAGUCCAACCACUCCGAUAAUUGAAAUACCCAAACCCAUGGAACGUAUUAUUGUGGGUGUGGAACAUCAUAUUAUUAUACCUUCGGCUGAUUUAAAGAAAGAUUCCGCACCACAGCGGCCCAUCAUUACCUUAGCCAGUGAUAAGCUACCUUCUGUGGUGGAGAAACAAUUUUCUUUUGAAUCAAAAGUUCCGUUACUCAGUCAAACUGCCUCGGGUGAUUUAUUGGAGACCAUAAAUUUGCCAAAUGCCAAUCGCUCAUCUUCGGAUAUAUCCGAAAGAGAUUCCAGAGAAAUUUUGGUCUCAUCUUCGUUGGAUUCGAUGCAAAGUGUUGGGGAGAAAUUGCCGAGCUCUGCGGUCACGGUGCAAACUGAUGAGGAGCAGGAGGAGGAGGAGGAGGAGGAGUCUUUGAAAAUGGAGGAAGAGGACCAGGAUAUGUUAGCCCAUCUAGAGCAGGAGAAGAAAAUUGAAGAUCUUGAACAACGACAUUUAAACAAAAUGGAGAACGGCCUGCAUGUCAUGCCACCACCACCACCAACACAGACACCAACACUCAGUGACUACCUAACCUUGACAUCUCCGCCCACAUACUCUCGGCUGCCGCCUGACGGCCAUGAAUUUCCACCAAAUUUCACCGAACCUUUAAUCAUGCCCAAUACCCUCGGCGGCGGCAUUAAAACCACCAGCCUCAUGCAAAGCGUUAUGACAACAACAACAACAAAAGGUGCUGGCCCAGGCAACAACAACACUGUGUAUACCGAAAAACUAUAUGCUGCCUCCAAGGUGGGACCCACAGUUAUGGCCAGCAGCCGGACAACCCACAUGACCAGUACCACCACAAAUGGCAUUACCCAAACUGUGGUGGAGGUGGAGAAACAAAAAUCGGCCCCCAUGACCAUGGAGCUGGGUAUAAGUGAUACGGUGCCACCACCUCUACCCAAGUCCACACCACCACCCACAGUGCCACGCAAGGUAUAUCGCCAGGACUUGGUGGUAAAUGUGGAGGAUGCCCGUACCAAUCCCAUCAGUGUGGCCACAGGGACUCCCACCAAAAUUAUCAUCGACACCCGCAACAGUCGUUCCACCCAAAACCUUUCCAGUGGCAACAGCAGCAGCAGUGGCAGUACCACACCCACUGCCCACAAAUUGGAGGCGCCCUCCUUUGGCCUGGCCGACAGCCCAGACUACAAACGUUCCUUAAGUGUGCCCCGACGCUCCAGCGACUGGCGCAAAGAUGAGAAAUCCGAAAAAAGUGUGCGCGACAAAAUUGCCAUGUUUUCCAAUGAUGAUGCCCAGCCCCUGGAACCCACCAGCAAACCCAUUAGUUUUUCACGCUCAAACAGCUCUUCAAAGCCCCUCAACUUGAGUACCGAAAAUCUGCUGGAUAGCUCCACCCCCGCCUAUAGGGGCUCUGCCAAUCUACACAAGACCCGUGCCAUGAGUGUGGAAAAUCUCAAUGAUGUUGCCCGGCUCUAUCAGCUCAGCAAGCCACUGCCGGCCCAGAGCAAUUUCUCGGACUCAUUGCAAUCCCUGAACUCCAUAAAUUCCGAUUACACCCAAAGUUAUGCCUCGCUGCCGCGUCGCCAUGCCUCCACCCAGCAUUUGGAUAGGCGCAUUAGCUUUUCCGGCCAGCCAGCCUAUGUGCCGGAUGAGGCCUCACGCAAGGCAGCCAUUACCAACAUUUUGGAGCAACGUCGACGUAGUCUUUCCAAGCUGCGGGGUUUGGUAAUACCUGAUAGGCCCCAUGUGCCACUGGAACCCAUUUUGGAUUUGCCGGAAAUCAAGAGUCGAGACAGUGAUCAAAUGAAGGCCUCGGGCAAUACGUCCUCCACAGACUCCACCGACAGUGGUGUGGGCUCUGUAUCAGGGGCAGGUGGAGUUCUAAACCCCCUACCUAGGCCAGCCAAAAGAUCUGAAAUCAACUCCUCCUCUGCCUCGAUGAUGAACUCUCCCCUUAGGCCGCUGAAUGUCUCCACGCACAGCAACAGCCUCAACAUUGCCAACAACAGCAGCCGAAGUUAUUUGUCUCAAACGAACAGCAGCAAUGGCGCCCGACACAUGGCACCCUCGGUGGCCCAGCGACGUAUGGAGGCCCUCAACACCAUACCGCCAGCCAAACCGCCACGCACCUCCCUGGUGGCCACACCGCGACAAAUGUUGCACGAAGAAAGUGAUUCCUGUGAUUCGGUGUUCUCCUCACGCAUUUCCUCACCACCCAUGUCACCCUGUGUGCCCCAGGUGCCGGAGAAAUUCGCCCUCACCCGUACCCUUUCCUCGGAGACGAACACCUCCAUUGCCAGUUCCACCACCUCAACAUUAACCUCGGGUUCCGGCUCCCAGGCCAGUUGCUCCUCGGUGGGCAGCACCCCUACCGUGGACCUUAGUCGCCGAGUUUUAAAAUCUGGAUCCAAUGAAUCGGCCACAAAUCGCAAAAACAUUUUGGCCUCGGCCAAGUGUCGCAAUGGCCGUGGUGAUACCUCGGCCCUGAUGCGCAAUCGGCCCUAUGACGAUGAGGACAGUACCGAUGGCUAUGACGACGAUGAAGUAAGGCGGCAUCACAAAUCCAAACCCAGAUCUCUGGUCUCCAGUAGCUCCUCGCUGAUUACCCUACCCUCCAAGGCGGGCUCACCCACUGCCCCCAUUAACUAUAAAUUGGUAACGAAAACAGAUCAAAAUCUGGUGGACAAGGUCAUCAAUGUGGCGGCCUAUGUGGAAAUCACCUCGGAUACGGAUGACAGCAGCCGCAAAUCGGCUGACAGUAGUUCGCCCCUUAAACUCAGUGCCAUGUUUAUCGAUGAGGAGCGUAAGCAGAGUUUCAAGGCUGAUCCCAGCCAGAAAGCGGUGAGCAAACCUGUGAAGAGCAGCAACAUCAUUCCAGCCAAGGUGGUGGCUCCCAUUAGCUCGCAGCCUGUACAGCCAUUGAGUCCCCAGAGGGCCGUUGAGGCCACUUCGCCAUUGAGCAAAAAAUCCCCAGAAUCUGGCAGCAGCGAACUCAGCCAAUGGAUGCACACUGAGGUGGCCAAGUCACGGACCCUCAGAACUCCGGAGCGGACCCUGAAACCGGUUUUCGAAAAAUUCGAAACCAAUACGAAAACCACAUUCAGCAGCCUGUCCAGCAAGACAACACCGAAAAUCAGCACCGCCGAAAUAAGAGAGAAAUUUGAACGCUCGGCUGCAGCCAAUGGCAAUAGUUCCCCCCUGAUCUCCAACAACAACACCACCACCUCCUCCUCCUCCAUAACGAACACACCCACCACUCUGCUCAGUGUCAAGUCACAACAGAAACAGACGACCAGUUAUCAUGAACGUUUCUCAUCGUUGGAUUCGAUAGCCUCCUCCUCGUCGGGGGUGAGUUCCACCACCACCCAAAAUGUCUCCUCGACCCAAGAGAACACCAACGAAUUUGGUAGUUUCUCAUCGCUUGGCAGCAAUCAGAGCCUGAUCACUGCUCAAGAUAUACAACAAAUAAUCGAAGAAGCCGAUCCACCUCUUAAAACACCCGAAGCCUUUAUUAUCGUUUUGCAAAGGGACACACCGGAAUCGAGUAUUGGUAUUACCUUGGCCGGUGGCUCGGACUAUGAAGCUAAGGAAAUAACGAUUCACAAAAUUUUGGCCAAUACCCCGGCAGCUAAGGAUGGUCGUUUGAAGAAGGGUGAUCGCAUAUUGGCCGUCAAUGGCAUGAGCAUGCGCGGUUUGACACAUCGGGAAUCUAUAACGGUGCUAAAGACUCCUCGUCCCGAAGUUGUCUUGGUGGUAACACGUUCCGAAUCGGUGAUUGUCAAGCCACUGACCAAGAAACGUUCCUCCCUGGGCUCCUUGUCCAGUCUGAACGAGAAACCCACUGAAAUUGAUUACGAAAAGAAACGCAACUAUCACAAAGCUUCAAGAUCUUUGGAUUUGGAUCUGGAUGUUAUAUCGAAUGAGGAGGCCACAAGUCCGACAAGUCGACACACACCAUCCAGCACAAGUUCGAGUAGUCGCAGCAGUCCCCAGCCGCCGGUGAGUCUAUCGGAAGCUGAGACCUUGGCCAGUAUUAGAGCUAGACGUCAGCUGUCUAGACCGGAUGUUAGUAAGAUUUCCACCAGUGAAUUGUUGGAGAGGGCCCAGGAGACACGCAAUGCCUUGCAGGCGGAAAUUAGGGCACAGGAAUCCACACCCAAGGGUGCCCGUUGUGUGGAAAUCAUCAAAGACAGCUGUGGUUUGGGUUUCUCCAUUGAGGGUGGCUUCGAUUCGCCCCUGGGUAACCGACCUUUGGUGGUGAAAAAGGUGUUCAUGGGCGGUGCUGCCAAGAAAACCAAUCAAGUGCGCAACGGUGAUGAGAUUCUUAGCAUCAAUGGCUGUUCGACGGCCAAAAUGACCCGUGUCGAUGCCUGGAAUUACAUGAAACAGUUACCUUUGGGACCAGUUAAAAUUGUAUUUGCUUAAGAAAAAAAAAUAUGAAAACGUUAAGUUUUAGUUUUUAAUGUUAAUAAAUAUAAAUUUUUGUUUUCUUAUUAUUAUUAUUUAAUUAAAUAUUUACUUAGAAAGUAAAUCAAAAAAUAUACAAUUAUUUUUAAUUUUAAAAAUAUAAAUUUCAUAAACAUUGUAAAAACAAUUAAAAAUUAAUUUUUAAAAUAUUAAAAAAUUAUUGAAAAAAAAUAAUUCUUGCCAUUGCUUAAACCUUAAAACAAAAAUAUAAGAAAUAAAACCAAGUUUUAUUUUUCUUAAUUCUUAAAACAAAUGGCUUAAAAAUAUAAUUUAUAUAUAUUUAAAAAUAUAUAACAAAAAUAUAUAUUUUGGGGA